UAUAUAUAUAUAUACACACGUUGUGAUACAAACUAUUCAAACAAAAUCCUUUUUAUUUUUAUCAAUCUUAAGAAUUGCAAUUACGAAUUUAUAUAUGGUACAAUGUACCGCGUCAAUAAUAAAGAAGACGCGUACGAUUGAUCGAAAAUUCAAGCGUGUAUGUAACAUAAUUAUUGGUCCAGGAACAACGUCAAGGCCACACGUGAAUCACGUGAAAUUCGUACAGUGCAUAUAUAUGCAUCUAAAGAAGGGUAUUUAUAAGUUCUGAAUACAGUGACCGCGAAUAAACGCGCCAUCCGUUUAAUUAUUAAUUCUGUCAAUUAGUUUAUUGUAAAAUUUCGCGGUUGAAAACGAGUCAACGGCCUUAUCGUAGUUCACAUUUAUAGCUAGGUUGUGUUUCUUUGUUUUUUUCUAGUAAUCGUCUCUUUGUAUGGAAACGAUUUAUAUACGGACAAGAGAUCGAGUUUAAAAAUUUGAUCGUUAUGUUUAUAGGAGAUCGUUGUAACGAGAGAUCGAUCUACGAUCAUCGGUUCCAAAAAAAGAAAUCGGGAAGUAGGAAGAAAGACGGAGAAGAAAAGAAGAGGGCGCCAGUACAGAUAUAUCGGUGAGUGUGACUGGACGGAAAGACGUGGGCGAUUCCCAAGUACCGGCCUCCUGAUCCGUCGUGUCGUUUCGAGUGUGUCAGUGAGUUUGUGGAGGCGAACCUAACCUAGUCGUCGAGUGUGCACUAUCGAUCAAGAAGUCGGUUUAAAGAGAAUUUAACUUUUUUUUGAAAAAACUGAUCAUGCAUACGUAAUUUUUAAAUCUGUGCAAAUUCGUUUGUGCGUAUCGUUCAAUUUCACGUCCAAUUAAAGCAACUUGCUUGUUCAACAUACGUGUUAUAAUCAUAAAUUGAAAGAAAAAAGUUUUCGGUUCCCGGUGUGAAAACGGAAACGGAGAUAAUUGAGAUAACAAGGUGAAGGAAGAUUAAUAAUAAACGAGAAGAAGAACCGAGAGAAAGAGAAGCUAACGGUGAUAGUAAUUCGAAAUUGGAAGUGAUUGUGUUGUGCAUUGGAAACGAUUCUAUGCGGCAAGAUGAUGGAGACACAAAAUUAUUGGGAGGAUAACUCCGCUCAUUCUAUGCAAGUAAAAUACGAGAGUUUGGACGCGAGAUCUUGCAAAGACGAGAUAUACAGGAUGGGAAUAGGCGGUGGAUAUUGCGAGGGGAACUUGAACUUUGCUACGGCCUCGGAGGACGACGAGGUUUAUACGAAGAAGAAAGUUUCCAGGCAAGAUCCAAUGUCUCAUAGGAUCAUCGAGAAACGAAGACGAGAUCGUAUGAAUAAUUGUUUGGCCGAUUUAAGCAGACUGAUACCGGCCGAAUAUUUGAAGAAGGGUCGAGGAAGAGUGGAGAAGACGGAAAUUAUCGAAAUGGCUAUUCGACACAUGAAGCAUCUUCAAGGCCUUCGACAAGAAUCGAAACAUCCUGCCGUGACGUCGGUACACGGGAUGCAUCCCGAGGACAGCGUGGACAGUGUCUCUCAUUCGACUGUCGCCUCUACAGCGGCGGAACACUACAGGCUAGGUUUCCAAGAGUGUUUAAGCGAAACCAUGCAUUUUCUCGUCGAGGUCGAGGGUUUUUUCGCCAGGGAUUCUUUGUGCGUUCAACUGAUCAAUCAUCUGCAACAACAUUGCGAGAAAAUCUUAGCCACCAGUGACAGGCUUGGGUUUCCUCAUCCCGAGAUGCCCACGACGAACGGUGUCGCGAAUGGUAGCGGUUAUCCUCAUACCAGCAUUCCCACGAUAUGUCAGCCGAAUGGUCACUCGGAUCACGGCUCGAGUUCAGGCGUGAGUUCGUUCGGUGAUCCGGAACGCCCUUUGCGACCAACGAUCGCAAUCCCACCACCGGCGAUCGUAAGCGACGAUAGCAAUCACAGCACGCAUUCGCACAGUACGCCACCAAGUACCACCUGUAAACCUUCCAACUACAAGUUUAAGAGCUCUAUCAAGCAAAGGUUUUCCGCGGAGAGGAUAAAAUCUAGCCCGCCACCUACCACCACCAGCAUAGAGAAGCCAUCUUCCUCCCACGGUGUGCCGAUCUUUGCUCUGCACGACGCUGGAUCUUACUACGUCCCGUUAACCGUCGAAGCCUCUCUGUUAAGGCCUCAUCUGAAUUUCAUAUGGGACACCGGCCCAGACACGGUGCUUCAUCCGGUCACGAUAUCGGUCAAUUUCAACCAUUCGAAUCCGCCGGCGUGGUCGCAUCACCAUAGUCCCACGCACCAACAACAGACAUAAACCAGACCAAUGGCCAGCACCCGAUGGUUACGUCUCUCAUACGCCGCUCAUGUUCAAGAUUCGCGUUUUCGAAGGGAACGAUCUCGGUGGUGAGAACGAGCGACGACGCGCAAAUCUAUCGUUAUAUUCGUUGUUCCGGGUAAUAAUUGAUCGAUAUAAUAAUCAUCGGAUCGUCGAACGAUUCGUAUCAAGGUUUGUUGCGUUCGAUCGACACUUCGUAAACGAGGAAACGAUCGUCGCAAUCGUGAUCCCGAUUAUCAUCUUUUUCUUUCCGGUUCUUUAUUAGCUAUUAAAUAAUAACCGAGGAACAUUGGUAUAGCGUGUUUACCGUUUUACGAA